AUGAGAGUUGGUGACAAACUAUACUCUCCUAUUAUACUACCACCAGGCAACAAAAAGGCAGCUUCUGCAAUGUCUAGAUCGAAUGCUGGCAUAAACCCACUCGACGUGACUCUAUCAGAAAGCACUUGUAUCUUGGAAGAAUUGCAAAAGCAGCAGAUAAACCUAGGGAGAAACUGUGAGCCCUUCAUUAUUGAGGCUAGUGGACGCCUUGGGGUUGUUUGCUCGCCAUAUUCUCCCAUGGUAGACGAUGUUUCCCUAACAUUAUACGAGUCAUGUCACGACAAUAGUCAUCCAAACACCAUUUGCAAAGAUGCGAGCUUUCAUGCUGCAUUGCCAUCCUCGACAAUUUCACGAUCUGUGGCCAUGUUCAACGAAAGGCUUUUUGAUGGCCUAUCGACCGGAGGCUCUUUCAAUGGUAGUUUCUCGGGUACUACAGAAUUACCCGAUGCCGACCGUGUCAUCUCUUUUACGGCAAGGUUGCGCCAAACGUCAAAUGACCUAUCAUCUAAAGGUAACACUUUAUCCAGGGAGGACGAGCUGAUGAUGAGUGCGUCCAAAAAUCAAGAAUCACACGAGCAAGAGGAAAGCGAAGACAGUGGGUUCUCUGUAAUGAGCCCUGAGAAAGAGAAUUGCACACCAACAGUAAAGCGAAAGACCAAUGCUGGCAACAUUUUGAAGAAAAGCCGAAAAAACUAUGAUGCCAAACAGACGACUAUACUCAUGGAUUGGUAUCUACGAAAUGAUGGAAAAGCACCAAGUAGUCAAGGCAAAUUAGACUUGGCAAAAGCUACCAAUUUAAAUGUUGUACAAGUGUCGACCUGGUUCCAGAACAGAAAGCGUCGAUACUUGGACACAUUGAACGAGUAUCAAGUUCUCUCGAGAAGGUAUCCCGACUUGGUAUACAGCUAUCAAUCAUAUAAAUCAUUCAUCACAUCCGAGAAGUCUUCUCACAAGAAAAACAGAAAAUAA